GCGCUCGGGCGGCGGGCGUUCCCGGAGGAGCAGGCCCGCGCGCGCGACCGCGUGGCCAGCGGCAGUGUAGCCGUGAUUAGGCAGCGGCUAGGAUGCCCCGGUCCUUCCUGGUGCGCCGCUGUGGCAGCUUCGCGCGCUGGCGGGCUGCCGUCCGGGCGCUCGCGUCCUCCGACGAGACCCUCGACCAGCUGCGCCCGCCCAACCAGCACGUGCUUACGCCUGGAAACAGGUUUCCGGACUUCAAGUGGUCUGCUCCUCCAAGUGAUGAAGAAGUUUCGAGAAGCCCCAGCGUUACUCCACCUUGCGAUGAAUCCAGUGGCAGCGUUCCUAACGUGCUCACGGACUACUCCAUUCAGACUCUUCUUGGUUUGAAGACGGAAACGACAAGCUCCUCGCGAGGCGUGCCCACCUGUGCCGAAGGGUUCCAUCCACCCGAGUCGCUACCGCCAGUUCGGAGUGCGCUGCUGUUGUCAGCUGGCUACGGUCCUGUAUCGAGGCGACUUUGCGCCGCGGCGUCUGCACCGGCUGCGGCGUGCGAGCCCCGGGGGAAGGUGCACCGCACGGGUCCCAGCCGCAUCUUCGAGUGCAAGCAGUGCGGCAAGACGUUCAAGCGCUCCUCGACGCUUUCCACGCACCUGCUCAUCCACUCGGACACGCGGCCCUACCCGUGCGAGUACUGCGGCAAGCGCUUCCAUCAGAAGUCGGACAUGAAGAAGCACACGUACAUACACACCGGUGAAAAACCCCACAAGUGCAAGGUGUGUGGCAAGGCAUUCAGCCAGUCGUCGAACCUGAUCACCCACAGCCGCAAGCACACAGGCUUCAAGCCAUUCGCCUGUGAAGUCUGCGGCCGGGCCUUCCAGAGGAAAGUGGACUUGCGCAGGCACACCGAAACGCAACACCAGAACGUGACUGCUGAUCGCUGACCACGAAAUGCCUCAUCGUGGAAGGACCAUGACGCGAUCUCGACUGUUGCUUACUCUAGUCUUCUGAAAGUGAAUCAGUGACCAGCUUUUUGUUCGCGUCUUGUAUAGCUCAAUAUCUCCUUUACCACAUAGCUUGCACCUUUAUCAGGCUUACUCCCAAAGAGAUGCUAAGCGCACGCUCGAGUUCGGCCAAUGUGCAAAGCACGCCAUUAAACGUCGAAUAAAAUGAAGCAGUUUUCUUUCAGCGCGAA